AUUGGUCCUCCCGCUGCAGUUUUGGCGCCACUCGCUAGCGGAAGUGGUGCUAGGCUGUCUUCGCUGCAGGAGGAGCUUCUACUUGUUUUGUUUUGUUUAGUCUUUUAUUGUCCUAAUUUCGCCCACUCGAAACCCGCCCGCAACGUCGGCGGUUACCUCGGUCCGAUGCGGGGGGAAGAGUCGUCCGAUUCGGAGUCGGGCCGGAUGGAGGAGAGCGUCGUCCGGAGGAUUUUGGAGACGUUAUGUCAGGAGCUCAACAUGGACGAACACACGGCCACCGAGGCCAUGGAGAACUUCACGGCCAUAUGGAACACAUACACGCUGGAGGGCGAUGUGGUCCACUGGCUGGCGUGCUCACUCUACGCGGCCUGCAGGAAAGGAUCCACGCCCACUGUGGGCAAAGGCCUGAUGGAGGGGAACUGCGUGUCGCUCACUCGGAUCCUCCGCACAUCCAAACUCAGUUUAAUCCAGUUCUUCUCCAAGAUGAAGAAGUGGGCCGACAUGUCCAGCCUCCCUCAGGACUUCCGUCUGCGCAUGGAGCAGCUGGAGCGCAACUUUGAGGUCUCCACGGUCAUAUUCCGCAAGUUCGAGCCCAUCUUCAUGGCCAUGUUCCAGAACCCGCAGGGAGGGGACCCGCCGCCUCGCCAACCUCGCAGCAGGAAGCACAGGCGGCUGCCCUGUCACAUCAGCGACGUCUUCAAGUUCUGUUGGACCCUCUUUGUCCACACCAAAGGUAACUUCCACAUGAUUGGUGAUGACCUGGUGAACUCGUACCACCUGCUGCUCUGCUGUCUGGACCUGGUUUUUGGAAACGCGCUGAUGUGCGCAAACAGGAAGGCGCUCAUCAACCCCGCCUUCAUUGGUACGGCCCCCAUGAUGGGCGCCGAUGGGCACGUGUCGGCGGACGAGCCGCCUCCGUGCGUGCUGGAGCGGUUGUGUGAGCUGCACCAUGGGCUGGUGGUGGAAGCCAAGGGCAUCAAGCAGCACUACUUCAAACCGUACAUCCAGAAGCUGUUCCACAGACAGAUCCUGAAAGGCAACGAGGAGCUUUUGACAGAACUGUUGGACCCUCAGAACUUUCUUGACAACAACAAAGCCUUAAACAGAGAGUACGAGGAGUACGUGUUGACGGUGGGAGAUUUUGACGAGCGCAUCUUUCUGGACGCCGAUGCCGACGAGGAAAUCGGAACGCCGAGGAAAAGUUUCCACCAGCCCUCCGCCAGCCAGACGAGCGUUCAGAAGCAGGUGCAGCAUCACGUGGAGAAGUCUGUCUCUCUGGCGCCCUCUACCCCGCUGACGGGGCGUGUCUACCUGAAGGAGAAGGACUUGCUGGUCACGCCAGUUUCCUCUGCAACGCAAAGUGUCAGCAGGCUGCAGAGCAUGGUGGCGGGGCUUAGGACCGCUCCCAGCGAGCAGCUGAUGCAGAUUUUCAAGUCCUGCUCCAGAGACCCAACAGAGUCCAUAGUGAGCCGAGUCAAGACCCUUGGAAAGACGUUCAAAGAACACUACACCAGUGACUCGGAGGACUCGCAGGGGUCUCACAUAGACUUUGCAGAGAGCCGCCUCAAGCUGGCUGAGAUCCUCUUCUACAAAGUCCUGGAGAACGUCAUGGUCCAGGAGACCAAGAGGCUGCACGGCAAAGACAUGAGUGCGCUACUGGAGCAGGACAUCUUCCACUGCUCCCUGCUGGCGUGUUGUUUGGAGGUGGUCUUGUUCUCUUACAGCUCCCAGAGGACAUUCCCGUGGAUCAUCAACGUCUUAAAACUGGCCCCCUUCUACUUCUUUAAGGUGAUCGAGGUGUUCAUCCGCUCAGAAGAAGGUUUGUCCAGAGACAUGGUGAAGCAUCUGAACCAGAUCGAGGAGCAGGUGCUGGAGAGCCGGGCCUGGACGUCAGACUCUGCCCUGUGGAGUGCCUUGCGGGCCGCCGGGAACACCGUUCCCACCGUGGAGGAGGUGAACUUCCCCUCCAGCCUGGACUUGGGGGCUUCUGCUCCCACCGGCGCCGCUCAGCCUCACCUCCCGCUGGUCGCCCUCUCUCCCGUCAUGCAUCCUCGCAUCAGAGAGUUCCGAUCCGGUCUGGGCAGCGCACGUAAAGAUGUGCCGCCAUCACCUCUGUCGGUGCACGACCGCUACAGCUCCCCAGCCGCCGGCAGCGCCAAGCGCCGUCUCUUUGGCGACGACCCCCCGGCCCCCAUGUCCAGCCCCCUGCCGUCGCCAGCAAAGCGCCUGACGUUCAACACUAGCAGCACCUUGAAGAUCGGCGCUCAGGGGACCCAGACGACUGUUCUGAGCAUCCCACUGCAAGGCGGGAGCAAUGAGCACACCAUCACGCUGAUCCCGGUUCAGCCGUGCGACUCCUCGGGUGCCGUCACCGCCCAGUUCCUCCUGACCGCCUCCCCGGGCCGCCCCGCACCCCCACCCGUUACCUCAGAGCCUCAGACAGCAAACGGGCGCCCGCAACGCACCGGCUCCCUGGCCCUCUUUUUCAGGAAGGUAUACCACCUGGCCAGCGUCCGUCUGAGGGACUUGUGUGCCAAGCUGGAUAUCUCGUCUGAGCUGCGUGCCAAAAUCUGGACGGGCUUUGAGCAUUCUCUGGUCCACUCCACUGACCUGAUGCGGGACCGCCACCUGGACCAGCUGCUCAUGUGCAGCAUUUACAUCAUUUCCAAGAUCUCCAAGGAGACGCACCCCUUCCAGGACAUCAUGAAGUGUUACCGCAGCCAACCACAGGCCAGCAGCCACGUGUACCGCAGUGUCCUCCUGCAGCGUGCCCCCACGCAGCCUCCGGCAUCAGAUGAGAACAUGGAGGUGGAUCCCGCGUCGGGCGCCGAAUCUGCGGAGAAAGUCCGCCCCGCCUCGGGAGGAGGAGCCCACCAAUCAGGCGAGGAGGAGCGAGGCGACCUCAUCCAGUUUUACAACAACGUUUAUGUCCUGAAGAUGAAAAGCUUCGCCAUGCGCUACGCCACCCACGAUAACAGAGUGGACGCCCCGCCUCUCUCGCCCUUCCCAUCCGUUCGAGCUCAGCCGCUCUCUCCUCGCCGCAUCUCGCAGCGCCACUCCAUCUACGUGUCGCCGCACAAAGGCUCUGUCGCUGGCUCCUUGACGCCAAACUCCCUCAUGUACCGCAUCAACAGCAGCCCCUCCAAGGAGCUGUCGGACAUCAACAGGAUGAUCCGGCAGGGCUGCGCCAGCCGCAAAAGAGCCUUCAACAUGGAGGGUGACCUGAUGCCAUCAGCGUGCAACUCGCCCAGCAAGAGGACGUGUCCGGAGAGCAGCAGCAAUCCUGACGUGCUGCUGAAGCUGUUGCAGGACGUUGUGUCGGAGAGGCAGAACCACUGAUGGACCGCUUAUGCUAACGUGACUAGUGGUUAUGCAGCUAUGCUAACAUGUCAACAUGACAGACAUAAAUAGUGCUAUCAUGCUAACGUGAGUAAUCAUUAUAGAGCUAGCCUGCAUAUGUGGUCUGUUGUCUGAGAGCUGCCGCUAACCGUCAUGUGACUGGUCGGUAACAGGCUAAUGCUAGCAUGCUUGACGUUCAAAGCCAGCGAGGAUUUUCGCAGACUCUUUUAAGAAUGAUUUUAAAUUGUCUUAAAGGUGUUGCCGAAAACUGCAUUCGGCACCAACUCUUUGUAGGAUUACUGCGAAUUAGCGCGACAAGUAAGUGUUUUAAUUUGGUAGGACUGAAAGAGUUAACUGCGAGAUUGGCCUUUGUUAUCAUGGAACAUGUUUGUCAGAUGUUUUAAAUGACUUUACUGUUUUCAUCUAAUGUGCGUCUCAACUAUUUAAUGCUGUAAAAAUUCAUUGUUAGCGGGAAGCUGUGUUUGUUUGUUUGUAUGUGUGUAGCAUCUACACGCUUAUUUCACCAGAGUUUAUAACCUUGCCCUCCGUUGUGUCUUAGUAGUUUUUGUAAAAUACAUUAAGAGUGUAUGUGAGUUGAAGUGAUUGGAAGGGCGGGUGUAUUUCCUUUGAAAAAAAAACACACACACACUGAAAUGUGUACUUUAUACAAAAGUUCCGCCACAUUAA